AUGGUAUAUAAGCCCUCACCCUUCACUCCAAUUACGGUAGUUUUUCUGGCUGAGAUCUUCAAGGAGGCGGGAGGCCCACCAGGUCUCUUCAAUGUGGUGCAGGGGGGAGCUGCCACUGGGGAAUUUCUCUGCAAGCACCCAGAUGUAGCCAAAAUAUCUUUUACAGGCAGUGUCCCUACUGGCUCAAAGAUAAUGGAGAUGGCUUCAAAAGGCAUAAAACCAGUUACCUUGGAGCUGGGAGGGAAGUCUCCACUCAUUAUCUUCUCAGACAGUGACCUGAAUAAUGCUGUGAAUGGGGCCAUGAUGGCAAACUUCCUCACACAGGGGCAGGUGUGUUGCAAUGGCACACGUGUCUUUGUCCAACGAGACAUCUUGGAGAAGUUUACUGAAGAGGUUUUGAAGACAGUAAAGAAAAUUAAAAUUGGAGACCCUCUCUUGGAAGAUACUAGGAUGGGUCCACUCAUUAAUCGCCCCCAGCUGGAGAAAGUAUUUGGCUUUAUUAAAUCUGCUGAUAAGCAAGGAGCCAAGAUUUUGACUGGAGGAGAACCUUUCAUCCCAGAAGAUCCUAAGUUAAAGGGAGGCUUUUUCAUGAACCCCUGCGUACUGGGAAACUGCAAGGAUGAGAUGACCUGUGUCAAGGAAGAAAUUUUUGGACCUGUAAUGUCGAUACUGCCCUUUGAUACCGAGGAGGAAGUUCUUGCAAGGGCCAACAACACCACCUAUGGUUUGGCUGGAGGGGUCUUCAGCAGGGACAUCCAGCGUGCGCAUAGAGUAGUGGCGGCUUUACAGGCUGGAAUGUGCUUCAUCAAUAACUACAAUGUGAGCCCAGUGGAACUGCCCUUUGGCGGUUACAAGAGGUCUGGAUUUGGACGUGAAAACGGACAAGUGGCCAUGGAGUAUUAUUCGCAACUCAAGACCGUUUGUGUGGAGAUGGGAAAUGUUGAGUCUGUAUUUUAAAUGGCUAGUAAAUUUCC